UUUGUCCUGGGUAAUGCCCAGAUUGUGGAUUGGCCCAUUGUCUACAGCAACGAUGGAUUUUGCAAGCUAUCAGGAUAUCACAGAGCAGAAGUUAUGCAAAAAAGCAGCACCUGCAGUUUUAUGUAUGGAGAGCUGACAGACAAAGAUACAAUUGACAAGGUCCGGCAAACAUUUGAGAACUAUGAGAUGAACUCCUUUGAAAUCUUGAUGUAUAAGAAGAACAGAACACCUGUCUGGUUCUUCGUGAAAAUUGCUCCAAUUCGAAAUGAGCAGGAUAAAGUGGUUUUAUUUCUUUGCACUUUCAAUGACAUAACGGCUUUCAAGCAGCCCAUUGAGGAUGAUUCAUGUAAAGGUUGGGGAAAGUUUGCUCGCUUGACUCGUGCCCUCACAAGCAGCCGAGGUGUGCUGCAGCAGCUUGCUCCAAGCGUGCAGAAAGGAGAGAAUGUUCACAAGCAUUCUCGACUUGCUGAGGUACUGCAGCUGGGCUCUGAAAUCCUACCGCAGUACAAACAAGAGGCACCAAAGACUCCACCACAUAUAAUCUUGCAUUAUUGCGUUUUCAAGACUACCUGGGACUGGAUCAUCUUGAUUUUAACUUUCUACACUGCUAUUUUGGUCCCUUACAAUGUCUCCUUUAAAACCAAACAGAACAAUGUGGCAUGGCUAGUAGUCGACAGCAUCGUGGAUGUCAUUUUUUUGGUAGACAUUGUACUUAAUUUCCAUACUACCUUUGUGGGGCCAGCAGGAGAGGUGAUCUCUGACCCAAAGCUAAUUCGCAUGAAUUACUUGAAGACCUGGUUUGUGAUCGAUCUGCUGUCAUGCUUGCCAUAUGAUGUCAUCAAUGCUUUUGAGAACGUCGAUGAGGGCAUCAGCAGCCUCUUCAGUUCGCUUAAAGUGGUGAGGCUACUUCGGCUGGGUCGUGUCGCUCGGAAGCUGGACCACUACAUCGAAUAUGGAGCAGCAGUCUUGGUCCUGCUGGUGUGCGUGUUUGGUCUCGCAGCCCACUGGCUGGCCUGCAUUUGGUAUAGCAUAGGAGACUAUGAAGUUAUCGAUGAGGAUACAAACACGAUCCGAACCAAGAGCUGGCUCUAUCAGCUGGGGAUGUCAAUAGGGACGCCUUACCGCUUUAACGUGUCAGGCUUUGGAAAAUGGGAAGGCGGGCCAAGCAAAGAUUCAGUCUACAUCUCCUCCUUGUAUUUCACGAUGACCAGCCUCACCAGUGUCGGAUUUGGGAACAUCGCUCCGACGACAGAUGGGGAGAAAAUCUUUGCUGUUGCUAUGAUGAUGAUUGGAU